CUCUUCCGAACGUGGGAAAGACCUGAAGAACGCUUGGGUAGAAAAGCAAACAGAAAGAGCUGUGCCUCUUCCCCCUUUCAGCCAUACAGCAUCUUGGCCAUCCAUCAGCUCACCUCCACCUCCUUGGAGCAGGGUGGAGGGCAUUCCUGUGGACUCUCUGGAGUCCUGGGGGUGGGGAGGGGAGGGCAGGGAUGGAGGCUGGUCCCCAGCGUCCGCAGGAGGCUGGGCAGCGCUGCAGAAUAACACCCGAGGGAGCCUGGGUGGUGCAGCCCCAGAUGCCUGCAGAGCCCAGCAGCCAGGAGAAGCUGGCUUUGGACUCAGUCUUUGAAGAGUUCUCUGGAAGUUGGAGGGGCGGGGCGAGCGGCGCUCUCCUGUCCUACCGGAGUCCUGCGCGGGAGUGUGAGGAGGAACUCGGGGCCCCGCAGUCUCAUUCCCAGUGUUGUCCCGCUCCCGUUCCGCUCUUGAGCAGAGGUGGACACCGGGUGCUGCCUACGGGGGUCGACAGGGCGCAGGCGCCGGGAUGGCAGAGCGCAGGGGCAGAAUAGGGGGGCUGGUCUUGCUCAAGGCCCUGGCCACCCGGCUGCUGUUCGUGUUGCACUCUCUGGUCGCCGUCUGGCGAGUGACCUGGGUGAAGGAAGAGCACCGGUACUGGCUGCUGGCCCUACUGAACCUCUUGCUGGUCCUGGAGACGGUGCUCACCCUCAAGUUCAAGCGCGGCAGAGGCUACAAAUGGUUUUCUCCAGCCAUCUUUCUAUACCUCAUCAACAUCAUACCGUCCCUGUGGCUCCUUGAAAUGCACCACGGAAACCAGUAUUGCAGUGCCCAGUCUGAGAAAAUGGCACAGAACGUUAGCAGAAGAGGAGAUAUCAACCAAACCAUGACGUCCCACAGACAAGCCAAUGGAAUGGAAAAUAUCCUUGAGCUGGCCAGGGGCUUUGUAGAUAACUUAUCCAUGGUAUGUGAUCCGGUCUGGACCUUAGGACUCCACCAAACUCUGCUCUUAAUACUGAUCAUUGGACGAUGGCUUCUCCCCAUUGGAGGCACCAUUACUAGAGACCAGCUCUCAGAACUUCUUCUGAUGUUUGUGGGGACAGCGGCUGACAUACUGGAAUUCACUACUGAGACUCUGAAAGAAAAUAACGUCAGAAAUAACCCUGCCCUGGUCUCUGGCAUCCUCGUGGUCUGGACAUGGAGUAUGCUGCAGUUUCCCCUCGACUUGGCAGUCCAGUUGAAACUGGUAUGCCCCUCUUCGGUGAAAGCCAGGGGCUUCCUCAGGUUGUUCCUGAGCCAGUAUGGUGCGGAUCUAUGGGCCAUUGGCCUCAGCUUUUUCAUCCAAGAUGGUCCCUUCCUGGUUGUGCGCCUAGUCCUGAUGAUCUAUUUCCAAGUGAUCAACCACAUGCUGGUAUUCUUUGCUGUGAAGAAUUCACUGGUCAUGGCUCUGCACUUCUACCGGCUUGUGGCUUUGAUCCUUGCCACCCGGGCUGCCAUGGAAGACCAUCCAGAAAGCCCCAAAACGCGGCCCAGUAGCCCAGACCAACCCUCUGAGAGUGGGCCCAGUGAGUGGGAGGACGCCUCCAGGGAGGCCCUGCCUCUGCAAGCCUCGCCUGUCACCUCUGAGGAGUCCUACCCCGUACCUUAGCUACCCAUUCCCAUCAUGCAACUGGGAGGCUUGACUCAUUUGCUUCUUGUAGACCGGUUCUCAUCUUACCUCCCCCAGGAAAUGUUUGAGUGCAGCAGCUUCGAAGGAAACAACACGUAAACAUGAUCUUGAAACAAAGCCAAGGUAUUCUUGUUUGUUUGUUUCAUCUGAAUGGAAAGAACUUUGACAAGUGGCUGUCUCUACAACCUCCUGCGAAGAUGGCAGACUUGACACAGCUCGGAGAAACGCUCUGAGUGACUGGUUCUUACUGAGCUGUUAUGUCGCAGGCAUAGCUGUAGUAGCACACCCGCCAAAGAUUUAGCGCUGACAUUUACCAUCUUCACACCUCACCCUCAAGAACUACCUAGUAAGUGGUUGGACUGUCACACUCUCUCAUCUGAUGUUUUCUGUAAUGUCCCUCUAACAUUAAAAAAAAAAGUAUAUUCAGUGAAUGCAGAACAAAUGAGAGGGAAAUACUUUUAACAUCAACUUGCCAUGGGCUGGAAGCUGGGAACUAGUGCCACCAGCUUCCUCAACGCAGAAAAUAGCUGUGGUGGUUGUACAGGCCUUUCCCGGAACCUCAUUCAUCUGGACCAAGAUGGCAUUCUGACAUGGUGCCUAUGUUCUUGAGAAUCACGAUGGCUUUGAGCUUGGGUAGCACAAAGAUCCCAGCAAGCCAUUUCGGUUCUACAAAACUUCAAAGCGAGGAGAUAUGAACAAGACACGCUUUCCUCCUAAUACAGUUCACAGGAUCAUUGGUAUUGGAACGCUGAGUUAGUUAUAUUUUCCUGCAUUGUCAAGGUGCAUCCCAUGAUGAGGUUGCAGGCUGGCAGGCUGCGAUGAAGGAGUCUGAAGGCCCUCGGUGUUACCAUGUUUCCUGGUGGCUGCCAGCAGCUGCUGCAGGAGCAGCAACAGUAACAGAGAUUCCCACCGGUCCCGGGAAAUGCCAUCAUUGGCUGCAGCUUGGUUUCAAGAACAGUUGGUGGAAGGUGGCACCAGCCUCAUUCACAGGGCCUCAUCAACGUCGAGUCACCACAUGUCACCCUAUCGCCUCCUGGGAAUCAUGAUGGCCUUGGUUCCCCUGCAUGAAACAGUCUUCCUCUCACUUUGCACAUCUCUGUGCAUUCUGGGUAGAAAUGAUUCCAAACCUUUGAAAGAGGCUCUUCCUUUUAAUUACAUGGUGAAAACUGGACUUGGCAAUCUAGCAAACAUCUCUAAAACUGCUAUUGUUAGAGUUUAGGGUAUCGGUCAGCCCGUGCUAGCAUUCCCAAGCCUUCAGAGACAUUUAUUCAGGGAUCUUCCUAAAUUGGAUGCAACCAUUAGACAAUCAGUUGGGACUUUUUUUUUUUAAUCUAUGAAUUUCUGGUAUAGGAUGGUAUUUAUCCAACAUGUUUGAUAACUUUUAUAAGCAAAUUCUAUUUUAUACAAAGCCAUGACUGUCUUCCAGGAAUUUCCACUUCUUUUAUUCCUUGUGCCUUUCAUUUUAACAAUGUUAUGGCUGUAAAAUGUGCAGGAAGCAAAUGGAGAGCAUUUAAAAAAUUUUCAUAAUAUUUGUAUGCAAGUAAAGGUCAAGAUUUAUUAUUUAUAUAAAGUGAAGAAUGUGACAGUUCUUAAAGGUGUGUUAUUUAAAAUUCUUAGCAAUGGGACGUGGGAAGAUGUCUCAUGGUUAAGAGCAUGCACUUCUCUUGCAGAGGACUUGAGUUCUUCCCAACACUCUCCAGGGCCUACAACCAUUUGUAGUUCCAGCUUUGGGGGAUUUAAUACCCUCUUCUGGCCUCUGUGGGCACAGACUACACUCCUGCACUUGCAGGCACACACACACACACACACACACACACACACACACACACACCACAAAGGUAAAAUUAAAAAAAUAACAAAAAUAUUUUGAAAUAAAAUACUCAGUAAUGAGAAGGAAAAAAAAAGCUAUUUAUCAACUGCCUCAGCCUUCUCUUGUGGUGCUGCCUGCCUUGUGUUGAAUACCUUCUCCCGUGAGGUCUACCUGCCACUCCUUACUGCCCGUUUGCUCCCAGCACUUUUGUGAUUGUGUACGUGCAGAAAAACAAAACAGCAAGCCUCUAAAAACAGAGGGUGAAGUAGUGUGACUGUUGCAAGGAUAUUUUUACGUGCUUUCAAAUCUGAGUCUUGGCUUGAUUCCGUGAAAGACUUUCUAAUGCUUAAAUGAAAUAUUUCGUAAUUAGCCCUCCUCCUCCUCAGGCCCGUCCAAAAUCUGGCUUAACUUAGAAUGCCAGGAAGUCAGAGAGCACCCAGGACCAGCUUGGUAAUUAAUGGAUGGCCAAAAAUAGACACACGGUCUUCAAGGCUUUUCCAGGAAAAUCUGCUCAAGAGAGUGUUUAACCUCAGUGCCAGUGUUUCCAUUUCCUUAUGCUGGCUGCUUUGAUCCUGGGAAAAACGUCUGUUUGCUUAGUCUAGGUUUUAUCUCUGGAGAAAAGUUAAAAAUUGAUUCAGCUAGCUGUAUGUUUAUAAUCAUUACUACCAUUUUACCCUUUAAAAACUGUGCUUGUAUUGUAAUGUUUCUAGAUAUCCAAGCGUUUGUCAUAAACUGAACAGAGUAUCAGUUAUCUCCAAACCAUUGGCACUUUGAGACUUGUUUACAUUUUAAUUGUAGUGAAAUAUCUUCCUCACGCAGGACACAGGCUCCACCCUCCGGCCCCAGCCACAGAGCACGCCAAGCCCCAACCCCCAAGGACCGGGCUUCCCUUGCAGUUGCGGGAACUGUUGCUGUUUAAUUAAAGCUCAGUCAAAUCUUCUUCCCAAAAGAUGCUCUUCCACUCCUGAGGAAGCCUGGUGUCCAUGUUUACAUCACGCUGUGUGGACCUCAGGAUCCUCCUUAGGCCUUAUACAUACCGAAUGAAGUCUUAAACACCACAACACUGCUCUGAAGACCAACAUACCGCUCUGUCCUUGGUUAUUCUACAGAGUUUUAUUGCUGUUGUAAAGGGUGGACUGGUCGAUAACAUUGGAAACUUCCAGGGAGAAACCUAAGACAAUUCUGCUGUUUUUUUUUGUUUGUUAGUUUGUUUUGGUUUUUUUGUCCGACCACAAGACCUUGAAGCCAUGAAGAUGGGUCCAUGUGAGGAUGGGGUUCGCUGCUAUCAACAUACCGCUUUGUUCAACAGGAGCGUGACUUGCGAACCCAUUAGGAUUGCCAUGGUUCCCGAGUUCAGCAUAGACUCUAUCUCGGGGAUUUAGUAUCAGGAACUCUUCGGCAGUGAAAGGAGAGAAGUGUUGAGACGCGGCCUGUCCACCUCCAUUCCACUCUAAGAUUCGCUGAAAGAGAGUGCGCAGGCUCACAGAUCAAACAGCCUUGAAUUACAAGAUAAAAAGACACUGUUAGUUCUUUUACUGUUCCUUAAUUCUAGGCUUUGGUUUUCACUUAGGAGGACUUUUGAUCUGCUCUCAGACAUAUCUGAUUAGAGUUAUGCCAGGCAGCUGGAGGCUCCACAGAACUUUCAGGAUCGUGAGAGCAGCUAAACAGUGAUUAAAGAAUGAGCCACCAAGGCCUCCUACCUUAUCAGUUUUUAUCUCUGAGGGCUCUCUUACUGAAAUAACACGUGAGCGUAUUUUCUGUGAAUAUUUCUAGAUUUUGCUGCGGCUGGCUUUUUUUUUUUUUGUUUUAUUAGGGACAUUAACUACUUGUAUAAAGCUUUGUCCCAAUGCCUUAUUUUAUUUUAUUUUUCUGCCGACUUUUUUGUAUGUCUCUUCUCUACUCAUUUCCUUCAUGGAUUUUAAGCUCUGGCUUAAUAAGUAAAACUGAUCUAUUUAGAGCAUGAUUAAAGUGGCAUUUCCAAACAGCAAGCAAAGAAUGACCAGUUUUAUAAAUGAUGCUGGAAAAUGUUGCUAUCCAUCUGGAAAACAUAAAGUGGGAUUUUUAUCUCAUGAAAUCUAUAGAAAUAAAUUCCAGAUGGAUUAAACCUCACUGUAAAAUGAAAACUAUAAAUAUCGGAUGGAAAUACGCAAUGUGUCUCCAUUGGGGGUGCGGUGGGGGUGGGCAAAGUUCUCCAAAGCGAGUCCUGAAACUCGGAAGCAAGUGAUGGCAGCUUUUUCUAUAUGGAUGCUUGAUGUUUAUGAGUGGUAAAAGGUGUCGUGAACAUACCAGUUGGGGAAAACCAAAAGGCUAGUGUAGUCAAGAGUGAGAAGAAGGGUAGAUAUUGGGAAGGGAGAGACAAAGGGUGUGUUUGUGCAUAAAAGUUUGAACAUCUAGAAAUUACUAAGACCUAAGUAGCAAUUUAACGCUAUCUUGAAAAUAAAUAAUCUUGAUAGCAUGUAUGAGCAAUCAAUAUGUAAUACAUUUCUGAACAAUUUUUUUUCUACAAUAUGAAUUAAGACCUCAAGAUGUGUAAGUUUAAACUUCAGAAUUGUAAGGAAAAUUUCAAAUGAUGUUGAGCAACGUAAAUGAGUAAGUUACGAAGCAGACAUAUAGUGGAAGGUAAUAAGAGACACUUAAAAUUUAAAAGUGCCAAGUUCUCCUAAAUUCAUCUAUAGAUUGAUCUGAAAUCAUCUCCAUCAUGUUAUUAAAGAGAUCCUGUUUGCAUGUGUGCAUGUGUUUGUUAUUCAUGCAUGUAUGUGUGUUAAUUUGUGAGCAUGUGUGAAAGCCUUCAGAGAUGUCAGUUGCUUUCCACACUUUAUUGACUAAGGCAGGAGGCUCUCUUCAUGAAUCCAGAGCUCACUAACUCAGUCAGUCUAGUCAGCCAGCUUGCCUGUCUCUGCCUCCCAGCACUGGGAUUAUCUGUAUCUUGCCUUGCAGCAAAGCAUGUACAUGAAUCCGGGGGAUUUGAAUUCUCUUCUCCAUACUUACAGGGCACUGCCUUACCCAAUGGACAAUGACCCAGUUCCAAGUCUUUAAUUUCUACUGAUUAUUAUUGAUUCUAACAACAGGUUUUAUGUUCUAGUGACUACUUUUGAUUCUAAAAUAUUUUAUAAUGAAAUAAGCACAAAAGAAUAGCUGGAACAUGCUUUAAAAAGGCAAAUGAGAGAGAGCACUUUAAGUAUAUUUAACUACAUUACACAGUUACAAUAGGCCGGAGAAUUUGAUUUUGUUAUAUGAAUAAGCAAGCCAAAAAUCUGAAUGGAAUAAAGUCAAUAAAUAUGCUGAACUACAUAAAGGAUUCGGUUAGAUGAUAAAUCACAGGCUAGGAGUAGAAUAAUAUGAAUAGUUUAGGUUUUGUAAAAUAUUAAAUUGGAUCACUACUUCAAUCCAUAUGUUAAAAACACUUCCAGAUGGAUCAAGUGAUUAAAGAUUUAAAAUUAAAAAAAGAAAGAAAAUGUUGCUUUUGUACUUGAAGUGGCAAGAAUGACUUUUUAAUAAGACAUAAAAUAAGGAUGCGGAGGAGAUUCACACAGCAGCUCAUGGAAAAUUACGCAUCAAAAGAACAUUAUAAGCAAAGAAAGCUGAACAACAAACUAGGUCAAUAGAAUAAUAAAGCAAUAAGCCGGGUGGAUGGGUUUGCCACAAGUAUACCUAAUCAUGAGUUUUCCUAAGCUCCCUUAAACAAGGAAAAAUACAAGUAAAAUGCCAUUGAAACUCAAAACCUAAGCAAAAGACUUAACUAUAGUCGUAUAUCAAUGUAGAGUGAAUAAAGUAAUGAGAUAAACCACAACAAAAUGCCAUUCACCAAAUGAAAACUAAACUCCAGGUAUUCACUUUGCACGUGCUGUACAGAAAAAAAAAGCCCACACUUUUUUUUUUAAGGUGCUACAGUAGAAGGAAGCUUGGAGAAGUAGGUACCACUUUCCAUGAGUAGUGAGGGUACACACCAGUACAGUUUGGCAACAGGGGAAAAUUAACCUUUGAGCUCUGAUCUAGCAAGUCAACAUCUAAGAAACCAUUCUGUGAGUGUAUGUUUGCAAACUGUGAGAGCAGGCAGGCCCUGGGGCAGUGAGCAAGCAAUAGGAACAUGAUCCCCUAUCAGUCUGAGAGAGAUUGAUCUAAGAUCACUGAAAGGAACAGUCACACAGAGCGGUGGUUCUCAGCCUGUGGUUAUGACCGUUAGGGGUGGAACAACCCUUUCAGAUGGAUUUGCCUAAAACAACCGGAAGAUCAGCUAUACCAUACAAUUCAUAGCAGGAGCAGAGUUAUAAUUAUAAAAUAGCAGUGGAAAUAAUUUCAUGAUAGGGGGUCACCACGACAUGAAGAAACAUUUUAAUGGGUUUCAGUAUUAGAAAGGUUGAGAGCCACUGGCUCAGAGAAUUCGUUAAAACUAAGGAUGGCUGCAAGCUAGUGUGUUGCUCUGUCUGUGCUGUCAACACCUUCGCAAGUGGCUAUUAAGCAUGGAGGAUGCUAAACUUUCAAAGAUCAUGGUUAUUUCUGAUUCCGAUGUGCUCUCAUGC